AUGCCCUGCUUCAAGGGCAUUGCGGUGAGCGUCCACGCCAACGGAACCCCGCUACCAGAAUAUGGCAUGCAGAAGCAGUCCAGGUUGUCACGCAUCAGCACCUACAUACCCGUUCCGCAGCCCUCAAUAGGCGAGGAUCCUACCAAGCCUGAACCCGCCAAGUUUGCCAUCUCCAUCACCCUCCUCACAGCAGGCUUGCCCAUCCCCUACUCCGCCCCGAAGCCAACCGAGGCCAACCCUUACCCCAAACCUCAGUUCGUCGGUGGCCUUCAUCCCGGCUCUCAGGGCGAUCGUGGCAGGUUCAUGGGGCUCGUCAGCCCUUAUAUCCCUAUGACCAACUCCGAAAACGAAACGAUCGCUGCAUACAUCUACUUCGACGGCCGCGCCAAGGAGGAGGUGGCAACACUUCUGCGCCCCGGCGAGGAGACGUGGGUGAACAGCAGAUGGGUUCAAGUACCAGACUCAGAGGGCGGUGGUCUUGCUGAGCGCGAGUUCCUCUUUCGUGAAGUUGGUCUCGAAAGAUGGCUCAACGGCCUGGACCUUCAGGGUCACGAUGCUGCGGAGAAGCUCGAGAAGCGCAGACAAAAGUUUCAACGCCGCCAGCAGCGCCAAAGCAUUUCGCUCGAAGGAGACGAUUAUCUCAGCAAGAAGCGAGGCACUCUACGAUAUGGCGCAGAGGAUGGAUCCCCCAUUGAAGCAGUCUAUGACUACUCGGGCUCCUCCUCGGAUGACGACGAGCCACCCGAGGCGACUGGCCAGAUCAAAGUUGCCAUGUUUCGCGUACUUGCCUCUGGAGAGAUUAAGAAAGGAGAAUACUCGCCCCAGUUCGAUGCUCAUGAUGGUGAUGAGGAGGGAACCGCCGAAAAGAGCGGCGUGGAUGCCGACCUCGAGCAUACCACCAGCUUUGCCAAGCCAAAAGUAUUGGAUCCAAAGACGAUCAGUACUCAAACAGUCACUGGAAUUGAUGGCCCGGACAAGCCUUUUGCGGUGUUCACAUUCUUUUACCGCGGUAACCGCCAAUUACAAAAAAUCGGCGUCAUGCAAACAACAAAGACACACGCUCCGGCGGGAUCUGCUAAACGACGAUCUGGACAGCUAGAUUUCUCGAGCCUUGGCCCGUUGAAGGCCGGUGGAACAGUCGGCUUCUCGGCUUUCCGCGACCAGGUUACGGAGACCUCCAGACGCCGCAAAGCCCGGAAGAAGAGCAAUGGGAAUAUUGCCGAUGAUAGUGACGACGAUGAGGAGAGUGACGGCAUAGUCAAUCUGGAUCAGACAGAUGACAAGGACGAGGAUCGAAAGCUGGCGCCUGAAGAUGCGAAGUCGCAAGGCGAGCUGGCGGACGGCGUAAACCGCAUUCACCUCAAGAGGGCACACUCGACGGACGCAGACGCAUCUUCAACGCCCAGCACUCCACAGCCCGGAUCAAACAACGACACACCUGGCGAAUUGGGCUCCAGCUUCGUCCCCCCAAUCCCAACGCCAUCGACAAGCGCACACGCGAUCGAAAGUCUCACGGCCGAAGCAAUCGUGGGAAGUCCUCUCAAGAAGGCACGACCAAGUGUUGACCAAGGCCCCAUUGGCAGCGACCAAUACUCGGUUACACAGAGCCUCAGUGCUGCGCUCGGCUCCGUCAUGUCGACGUCUGCCCCGAGUACCUUUGCAGCCGAAUCAAAGCCGAAGUCGACGACAGCCGAGGAGGAAGAGCUAUAG